AUGCCACCUCGAAUACCCACCUCCUUGGUCUCCAGACCCACCACAACCACCCCACCAUCCGCCCUCCUCUUAGCCGCCUGCCGUGCCUUCACCACAACCACCCCCUUCGAAGCCAAACACUCCUCCUCGAAGCAAAAGCUCGACCAACUCCUCGCAAAGGCUCCAGCAUAUCCAUACCCCAUCAAGACCACCUUCAAACAAUCCUGGUUCGGUCUAUACGCUUCCAAACAUGUUCAAUUCGGCAAUAACAUCCCCAAUAAGAAGUACACCAUAACCCGACGUCGAUGGUACCCCAACAUCAAGCACAAGAAACUAUGGAGCUUCGGACUGGGUGAAUGGGUUACUUGCAAACUCGCCACUAGCGUGCUAAGAACGAUCGAUAAGGUCGGUGGGUUGGAUAACUACCUAUUAUCGGAAAAGCCAGCGAGGUUAAAGGAAUUGGGACCUUGGGGGUGGGAAUUGAGGUAUAGAUUACAGACUUCGAAGACCGUGCAGAGGAAGUAUAAUGAGGAACGGUUGAAGAUGGGGUUGAUUACUAAGGAGAAGAUGGUGGCUGAGAAUGUGAAGUUGGGUGUUGCACAAGGUGUGCAGGAGGCCUUGCCGACGUAUAAACAGAGACGGUUGAAGAGGCAGGAUAUACCUAAGGGCUUUGCGGAACGAUGGAAGAAGUCUGCGAAGGUUAAGAAGGUGCUAUUCGGAGAGCCGUGGAGGGUAAGGAGGUAUGUGGGUAGAGAGGCAGGUAGUGAACGAAGGGUGAAGACAGAGGCGGAAAAUGCAAGGGUACGAAGAGUAGAGGCAGUAAUGGCAAGGCAAAAGCAAGCCAAUCAAGAGAGGAAGAAGAUUGAGAAGGAGGAAAAGAAGAGACAGGAAGAAGAACAGCUAUUGAAAUUAGCAGAAGCUCAGGCGGCUCGACGAGGAGGCCCUACACCCUCUGCUCAAACCGCCACCGAAUCUCCCAAUCCUACAGUAUCAGCUUAG